GACAUUAUGAUUUUUUCUACAGUGCGGCCUUCCCUGCUGAGCGCCCACCCCAAGAAGAAGAUCACGGCUAACUUUAACAUCCUGAGUGACGAUCUAGACGAUGACGGGGCGGAUUGAGCCGACGGUCUGGAGUGGGAGAAUGAUACACCUAUCAAACGGUCGGAUCCACUCCCUGAAUUCUCUGCUCGGGAUGAAUACCGCGAGUCUAAACUCUGGAAGGGGGUGGAGAUCGGAGGAAAACAGAUGAAGAUUGACCUGAAGGUCAUUGAGCCAUAUAAAAGGGUCCUCUCUCAUGGAGGUUACUAUGGAGAGGGACUGAAUGCCAUUAUUAUUUUCUCGGGAUGUUACUUACCAGACCACAGUAGGAAAGAUUAUCAGUAUGUGAUGGAUAAUUUAUUUAUGUAUGUGAUAAGUACCUUGGAGACCCUGGUUGCCGAGGACUACAUGAUUGUUUAUUUCCAUGGAGCCACACCACGGCGACAGAUGCCAAGCUUUGGUUGGCUAAAAAAAUGUUACCAGAUGAUUGACAGAAGAUUGAGGAAGAAUCUGAAGUCCUUAAUGCUGAUUCAUCCCACUCUGUGGUUAAGAACUAUAGUCAUGAUGACCAGACCAUUUAUCAGUGCCAAAUUUUCCUCCAAGCUGCGGUUUGUGCGGUCGCUGUCAGAACUAGGUCAGAUCAUUCCUAUGGAGUAUAUUUCUGUCCCAGAACAAGUUCAACAGUACGAUGAUAGAAUAAUACAGCACCAGGCUAAAGUUACCUCCCCUAUCUCUCACUCUCCUGAACCCCUUACCUCCCUUCCUAAUCCCAGAGCAGCCACACACAGCACAUUUAUCACAGCAGAAGUCAUGUUGGAGCAAAAUCCUAAUUUUCUAGAGGAGUUUGACAAUGAAAAGGAAGAAAAGAAGAAAGAGAGGGAGAGAAAGAAAGAAGAAAAAAGGAAAAAGAAAGAGGAGGAAAAACAGAGGAAGCAGGACGCAAAGGCUGCAUCAAAAGGGAGGGGGCUUAAAGGAUUCUUUAGGAGAAAAUAAACCUUGUACAAUGGGACCCCACUAAACUUGACUACCCUUAAAUUCUCCCCCUUGAGUAAAUUGUGUGGAUUAGUUAGGGAUCUCCAAACAUGGAUAAAUUAAGUCUCCAAAGCUGAAACAUAAAUUUUAUUAAUUAUUAAAGAUUCAAUUCUAUACCCUGUAAAUUUUGCACGGGAGAUGAAACACUUGACUUCUGAGAAUAAAAUGUGCUUAAGGCCAUUUCUGUUGAGUUUUACUUAAUUACAGAAAAAUUCUUAACCUUGAUCCCUAUUAAACUUUUGUUUUGAUUGUCAUUUUGUACACGUUAUUUGCUCGUUCAGAGAUUAAUACUGUUGAAGGAAGAAAAAAAUGUAAGCUGGCUGUGUGAGUAAGCCCUCUAUGUAUGUAAUAUUGUCAAGAGGAUUUUGUUUCAGUUGUACAUGACCAUCUUGUUCAUACAUAUGAUUGGUGUUCUUUAAAUCAAUCUGCUUCUUUCUAUAUAAAACACUCUCCAUUUUUACUGUCUGUGCUUUAUUUAAGCAGAUAUUUGUUUAGUUGUUCAUUGUCAUUUGAACAUUCAGUUUUGUACUAGAUGUGAUUUUCUUAUUCUGUGUAAUUUGUGAUUUAUUUUAUUUUUUAUUUACAUGUAUGUAUCUAAAAAAUGUAAUUCUGAAAUUAAAACUAGUGCAAUCAAUAUUUGCCAGAUUUUAUAAUCAUGUUUUAAUUGCAGAUAUAUGUUGCCAUGAACCGCCGCUGCUGUUCGUGGGAUAUUACAAAUAUAUUUACACUUGAUUUAAUUUCUUUCUUAGAUAUUUGCAUGUUUGUACAACAGUGAUCCAUGAAUAUAUGAAAAGGAAAUAUAUGUGUGUGAAUUUUCUGCUUCUUUCUUG